AUGGCGGCGACCGAGGAUCGGAGGCGCGAAGAGUGGGAAGAGGAAGAAGAGCAGUUGGUACUUGUGGAAUUGUCAGGAAUUAUUGAUUCAGACUUUCUCUCAAAAUGUGAAAAUAACUGCAAGAUUUUGGGCAUUGACACUGAGAGGCCUAUUAUGCAAGUGGACAACUAUGUCUUUGCUGGGGAAUAUGAAGACACUCUUGGGACCUGUGUUAUAUUUGAAGAAGAUGUAGAGGAGCAUGUGGAUGCAGAAGGCAACAAUAAAACAGUGCUAAAAUACAAAUGUCAUACAAUGAAGAAACUCAGCAUGACAAGAACUCUUCUGACAGAAAAGAAAGAAGGAGAAGAAACCAUAGGUGGCGUGGAGUGGCUGCAAAUCAAUGAUACUGAUUCCUCCAGUAGACCCAACAUGAUUUGUAGCUUUCUACAUGAUAAUGAAGAUGAAGAAGUUGUAGCUCCAGCCUCAGAUAAACCUUUGGAGUUGAAGGAGCAAGAGAUUCAAAUGAAAGAGAACUCAGACCUGAGUUAUGAACAGGGGAAAUCACUGCACUUGGAAAUAGAGGACUCUGAUCCUCUUAUUGAGAUCUCUUCUUUUGAUACAGAAGGUUUUGUUUUUAUGGAAACUCAGGAUGCUGCCUUAGAAUCUACACCAAGAUGAAAUGUCUCUCAUAUCUAAUCAUGAACUUACUUAGUUUUUAAGACAUAUAUUUGGCUUUGUAGCUU